AAAACCGCCCUUCACCCGGAAGAGGCGGACCGAGGGAAACGACGGUAGAGAAAUUGUUGUGGACACAAGUCCUCAGAAUUUGUUAAGUUAUUUAGAUAAUCCAGCGAGCUAAAAACCGAAACCUACCCGAGCUGUAUCUGCGGGAGGAUUUCGCCUCGUCGUGCUCACGUUAGAGAUGUCGGUCGUGCCUCCCAGUCGCUCGUCCGCCGGCUGGCCGCGCGGUGGUGCCGUUCAGUUUGGGAACAAAUACAUCACCGGGCCUGCUAAACCGCUCACACUGGAGAGGACCAUCAACCUAUACCCUCUUACCAACUACACGUUCGGCACCAAGGAGCCUCUGUAUGAGAAGGACAGCUCCGUGGCCGCUCGCUUCCAGCGGAUGCGGGAAGAGUUUGAUAAAAUGGGAAUGCGGAGGACAGUGGAGGGUGUUCUCAUUGUCCAUGAACACAGGCUGCCUCAUGUGUUACUUCUGCAGCUGGGCACCACGUUCUUCAAACUACCCGGCGGAGAGCUGAGUCCUGGAGAAGAUGAGGUGGAGGGUCUGAAACGCCUGAUGACCGAGAUCCUCGGACGGCAGGACGGCGUGAAACAGGACUGGGUGAUUGACGACUGUAUCGGCAACUGGUGGCGCCCCAACUUUGAGCCUCCACAGUAUCCCUAUAUUCCAGCUCACAUCACCAAACCUAAGGAGCAUAAGAAGCUAUUCCUGGUUCAGUUGCAGGAAAAAGCACUGUUUGCCGUCCCCAAGAACUACAAACUGGUGGCAGCGCCGUUGUUUGAACUGUAUGACAACGCUCCUGGAUAUGGACCAAUCAUUUCCAGUCUACCACAGCUAUUGAGCAGGUAUUGUGUUCAACUUCAUUUACAACUAACUGAGUGAGCAGAAGUGCGUCUGGCUGUCUCUGUGAGUGCAGCGGUGUGCUGUCUGAGUGAACAUGAGCGGGAAAAACACGUCUCAUCUUUAGCUCAACUUUCACAAGAAAGAAAAGCUUGUCAUGUCAGGUAUAUCGACAGUUCACAGGGGUGUUUAUACUGUUAGAAGAAAAGAAAAAAGUCAUGUGUCUUUUUUUUUAAUCCUGGGAAACUGCUAGUUUUUGUAGUAUCCAAGUCUGUAUUCCAGUGUGCAAAGAAUCUGAUUUUAUGUCCUCAGAGGAGGCCAAUGUUUGAUUAAACAAACUACAUCAUUGAGUUUCCUGUUGUUUUAACCUGUAACAAUGCUGUGUUUUUGUCUCUUUUUAAUAAAGCAGUCCUUUUGA